CGCGAGGGGGGCUGGAGGGGGCGGAGGCUGGUCCUCCUCGCACUGACUGAGCUCCUAGCUGCAGCUCCGAGCAGCUUCCUGCCCGCUGCUGCUGCUGACAAACGGCUCAUUCUCAUCUACCCUGAUCAUGUGCCUCGCUCUCUGGCUGUCUCUGGCUCCGCAGCAGGAAGUUAGCCUUGUUUUCUUCCCCUUGCCUUUCUUUUCUUCCUCCACUUGACAGCAACACUCGCAACACUAUUUCCUUUUUUUGUUGUUGCUGUGGCUCUCACCUCCUCUCAGCGGGACGCUCUGUGAAGACCCGGGCGGCGACACCGGCAGAGAGGCCCCCUCCUCUCCGCUCCCUCCUCCCCCGGGCAGGGAGAGCAGGUUCAUGGAGGCCCUGGCGGAGGAGAAGGAGACUCCGCCACCGAUGGACAAGUCUCUGCCUCUGCCUACAUUGAGUCCGGCAGUGCCCCCCUACGUCACUUUGGGCUUGACUGUGGUGUACACCGUCUUCUACUCCCUCCUCUUCAUCUUCAUCUACGUGCAGCUCUGGCUGGUCCUGCGGUACCGACACAAGCGCUUCAGCUACCAGACCGUGUUCCUGUCCUUGUGCCUGCUGUGGUCGGCCCUGCGCACCGUGCUCUUCUCCUUCUACUUCAAGAACUUUGUCACAGCCAACACUUUGGGGCCUUUUCCCUUCUGGCUGCUCUACUGCUUCCCUGUCUGUCUCCAGUUCUUCACACUCAGUCUCAUGAACCUUUACUUCGCACAGGUUGUUUUCAAGGCAAAGUCCAAAUAUGCACCAGAGCUUUUGAGAUACAGGCUGCCGCUCUACCUGCUCUUCCUGUUCAUCAGCCUCGUGUUUUUAGUGGUGAAUUUGGUGUGUGCCCUGCUGGUGAGGAUGUCUUCUGCAGAAGCCCACACCGUCGUGCUAGUGAGGGUCGCCAUCAACGACACACUUUUCGUCCUGUGUGCCGUCUCGCUCGCCUUGUGUCUUUACAAGGUUGCUAAGAUGUCACUGGCCAACAUUUACCUGGAGUCCAAAGGGACGUCAGUGUGCCAGGUGACAGUUAUAGGAGCCAUCGUCAUUCUCCUGUAUUCAUCAAGAGCCUGCUACAAUCUGGUCGUCCUGGGACUCUCAAACAAGAGGAUCAGCUCCUUUGAUUACGACUGGUACAACGUUUCAGACCAGGCAGACUUACAGUCGACUCUGGGCGACGCUGGCUACAUCGUCUUUGGGGUGAUCUUGUUUGUAUGGGAGCUGCUCCCCACGACUCUCGUAGUUUACUUCUUCAGAGUUCGGCUGCCAGACAUAGACAGGACUGGCACUGGGCUUCCCGGUCACGCCUUCUCCCCCAGGGCUUAUUUCUUUGACAACCCACGGCGCUAUGACAGCGACGAUGACCUGGCGUGGAGCGUCAUGCCUCAGAACAUCCAAGCCAGUCUGGCUACUGACAGUUACGAGUGGGGGAGCCAAAGCAGCAGUGGCAUCGGCGGCAUCGGCGCCUACAUUGGUGGAGACGACAGUUACUCCCCCGCACCUCCUCUUCUGGAGGAAGAGCUCAGCCAUUACUGACCACAGCGACUCCUGCUGACCUGUGGCUUUGUUUUUUAUUGUAUAUCUUUGCACAGUCUCUGAGUGACAGAGGCACAUGGGGCCAAAGGUCACCCUCUAUUCGAUACAUUGUCUUCUAUUUUGUCUAGAGAAGAACUAACAGACUUUUCUGCCAGUAUAUACAAGUCCACUGAUGGGACGUUAAUUUUGCACACUCCUUGUACAAUGUGAGCUAACGUUGACUGCCUUUUAAACAUUUUCAUGUAUAGUUUAUAUUGAAUACUGCCUAAUAUAUUUCCUGACUUUUGUAAUACGUACUUUCUUACUAUUUUAUAUAUUCUUUUUCAUACAGACGUGUUUAUAUAAAGGAAAUAUUCAUCUAACUCAUUAAAAGUUUAAAUGCUGUGAAA